AUGGCAACCACUAGAAGUGGUUCGAAAUCACCAUCUCCGGCGAAGAAAGUUUCUAAAAAAUCGAAGAAGGCUCCAGCUGUUACUUCCAAAGUCGAACCUAAAAUGGGGUUAAAAAAAAUUGCUAAAAAUUUAGUGGCUGAUGUUCCAGAGACAUCGGCCUCUAAGAAAAGAGCCCUUCCUGUUAAAGUAGAUGCUCCUAAGACUAAGAGAGCAAAAAUUUCCAAGUCUGCACGCGAUGUUUCCUCAGAUUCCGAUUUUGAGGAUGAAGUGCAUGGUGAGGACCAAAAGCCCAAAGUUGAAUCAAAGGUAAUUUAA